UUCCUGCACGUGCUAUUUGGCUCUGCUCUUGCAAGGCAAACACCCAAAAAAAAAAAAUUAUGGAAAGACACGGAGUAAGAAGAUUUUACUCUGCGUCCGAAGUCUUGGAGCUCGUCACCGCUCAAGAUGGCCAAAAUGAGGAGAGGUAUUCUUCAGACCCUGAUACUGCAGACACUGAUGAGGAAGAGGACUUCAUCGAAGGGAUCGAUAAACUUCAUGAUAUUACUGGCAAUAUCGUGGAGGAGAAAGAUGGCGAUCUGAAUGAGGAUGAUGAAGAGGACAAUAACGGUGUGGUGGCAGGUGCAAGUAGAGGAAGAAAAAGAAGUCGGGAGGGUCCAGCUAGUAAAAGGAGAGGCAAAAGGUCAGAAACUCAUGUGGACACUCAAGUCAAGUGGAAAACAGAGAAGGAGACUGAUCAUUUGCUGCACCCCCCACUCCAUUUCUGUCCAAAGAGGACACCAGGUGUUCAGCUGCCCCUUUCCAAUACUGAGAUUCCGUCACCUUCAGAACUAUUCAAAUUAUUUUUUGACCAGGCUACCAUAAAGACAUUAUGUGAAAACACUAACAAAAAUGCAGCCAAAAAUUUAGCUGCUGGAAAAAAAUUUCGUUGGACUGAUGUCACAGCUAAUGAAAUGUAUGCAUAUAUUGGACUUACUUUGUACAUGGGACUAAUGAAACGACCACAAUUGAAGGAUUUUUGGAGAACCACAACUGCAUUUCAGGUUUCAUAUCCAGGGAAAGUAAUGUCCAGAGAUCGUUUCCUCAACAUCCAUACCAAUGUCCACAUGAGUAACCCAGAGGAUGACGCAGUGAACGACCAAAAAAAAGGGACACCUGAUUAUGACCCACUGCACAGACUGCGCCCCCUGUACGACAGCUUGAGGGUUGCCUGUAAGGCUUUGUACCACCCCCGGAAAAAUCUUUCUGUGGAUGAAAGAAUGGUAGCCACUAAAGCCAAGAUUGGGCUAAAACAAUAUAUCAAAAGUAAGCCGACAAAGUGGGGGAUCAAACUUUUUGUGUUGUCCGACACCACGGGCUACACUACAGACUUUCACAUUUACACUGGAAGGUCCACUCAAAAAACUGGAAAGGGGCUGUCGUUUGACGCUGUAAUGUCACUCAUAAACAAAGACUAUCUUGGCUCUGGAUAUCACAUAUACUGUGAUAACUUUUAUACCAGCCCUGCACUGUUUUGCCACCUUCACAAGCUUGGGUUUGGAGCAUGUGGGACGUUCAGAAAUUCAAGAGUUGGUGUCCCAAAGACGACCAAGAAUGCCCUGACCAAAAAAUCACCGCGAGGGUCCAUCAGAUGGCUCAGAGAGGGACCUCUCAUUUUUGUCAAGUGGAUGGACACGAGGGAGGUCAGUGUGUGUUCCACCGUGCACACGGCCUUCAAAGGAGAUGCAGUCAGACGAGUGGGAAAGGCUGGAGGACAGCAUCAAGUCUUGUAUGUUCCAGUGCCAUCAGCUGUGAGGGAUUACAACUGCUUCAUGGGGGGAGUGGACUUAUCCGACCAGUUGAUUGGCUCCUACACUUCAUGGCGGAAGUGCAAAAAGUGGUACAAGACGGUCCUGCACAUUUUCAUAGAUAUAGCUGUGACAAACAGCUAUCUGAUUCACAAAGAGAUGUGUGCACAGCUGGAGCAGAAGGCUCCAAAACACCAGGCUUUCCAGGAGCAACUGACAGUAGCGCUUUGUGGAGUAGAGCCACAAGCAGCUCCGACUACCAGCUAUCGGCACCUGCCUGUUGCAAUUUUUGAAGGGGCAUCCGUUGAAGACAAAGCAACAAAGGGAAGGAGAAAGUGCAAGCUUUGUGGAAAAUGCACUCCAUUCAUGUGUGAAGCUUGCAAACUUCCUCUCUGUGUUAUUGUGGACAGGAACUGCCACAAGGACUUCCACAGCUCCAGUGGGCAUGCUAAAAAAUAAAGUCCUUGCUCUCAUCAUGACAUUUUGUCAUGUGGACAGACAUUUUCUCAUGUGAAUACACAAAG